GUCUAAAACGGGCUUUGGCGACCAUUUGAAAACUUUAAAUCGUCCGGCUUUACAGCUUUGAAAGUUUUUCUUUCGAGUCUCUGACCCCGUUGAUAUUUUUCCUACCGUUUAUGAAAAAUAUCAGCAAGUUACUUAAGUUUUGAGAUAAUUCAUACGAAACAGUGGCUGGAUCUAAGUUGGAAACGAAGUGACAGUGUAAACAGAAACGAGGCUACGGGUGACUGAUUCUUUAAUCAUAUGGAGCAAUAGACGAAGAGAAAAUGAAUCGGAACUGAUAUCGUCCGCUAAUAUAGCAAAAGUGAAUGGAUAACUUUAAAAGCUAACUGCUGAAAACCUUUUAAAAAUUCUGAUAUACUUUUUAACAAGGAGUGCUAUUUAACAAGAUUUUAAACAAAAACAUGACAUUUUAAAGGAAAAAAAAAAGAAAACGAAAUUCAAUUUCAUUUGAAUGUUUUUUGUGAGAGGAAAAAUACAGGAACCAUGCCGAAACUUGGAAGAAGGAAUUAUAUCCUAGAUGAAAAGGCGCGGUUGAGCGAGCGCCAGGAGUACGACUUUAUGCACUCCAACAAUAUCACCACACUGACGGCGCCCUUUGGAACCAACGACACGCCCAAUAUAUCCUACAAAAUCAUAGGUAGUAAGCCCGUCCACGUCAUAGAGAGCCUACAGUCACACAGACCACAAGACGACACCUUGUACACCGGACCACGAAUUCACAAUCUAGACGGAGUAACAAUCAAACCAAAUCAGGUGAAUCCGAGAGUUUUGAACGAAAAAGUCAAAGGAUAUUACAGCGCUCAACAGCAUGACGUCUCUAACGAUGAGAAUUACACGGGGCUUCCAAAAAUUGUGACAUUGGACCAAUUUUCUUCCGAAGUGCACGGAAAACCCACAUAUUCAAAUCCAGUGACAUACCGAGGAUCGAGACCAGACUCCAAAUCUCUAAACCCUUAUCCCAAUCUACCUCCCAUUGAGGCCAACCGAGGCAAGAACCAAAGAUCCACCGUUUUCGAGAAAGAAGCCUGGAUCCCACGGGCGGACCCUGAACCCAAACUAUCCACGGUAACCGAAUACAAGCAACAGUACGAAACAGGACGACCGCACAGUGAACGGUACGAACCUACAUAUCAAAACAAUAACAAUUACUCGGACGUGUACCAGAACGGUGAUAGAAGAGCGUACAGCGAGACAGGAGCCCCCACAAUGGAACGGUCAUUCAAAGACUCUAUGUUACAAAUGCUACCCCCGGAACCUUUCCUGCCGUCCGAUCCCGUGAAGUAUACGAGCGAUCAGCGACAGAGGCUUCUGGAUACCACCGCAGAGGAAAUGCGGGGAGUGACCACUGAAAGGCUGAAGGGAGCGUACCACCUCCUGUCCAGGAUCGACAGACAACUGAACGGAUUGUGUCAGUUCGAGAACGUCAAAGACAUUCUUAGGCAAGAAAGGGCGGAUCCAAGUGAAGACACACUGAGGCUGAUAGCAGCCAUGUGUGUGGUCCCCAAAGUCCAGAACAUGGUCAACUACGAGGAUAUCAUCACGUUCCUAAACGAGGCGAUUCGUCUGACUCAGAACGGCCCGACUGACACUAGUCGCCAUCAGUAUUACCAGCCAGGAGGGGCCCAUGGUGUCAAAAACAUCUCAAUCCCAAGAGAGAAGGAAACGGCGCUGCUUCUCCAGAAAACAGCCCAGCAACUGGGAACUAGUAAAAUCGACAUCGAGGCUCUAACUAGAACCUUCCAGUUUUAUGAUAACGAACGAACAGAGAUGUUGUCAGCCAAUGAGAUUAAGAACGUCCUGUUUGACAAUAAAAUCCAGUUGUCUGAAAAUCUGAUCGACGAUAUUCUGGCGAAAAUGACAGACGCAAACCGAGACGGCAAAUACAAUUGGCGCCGGUUUGUGGACUUCCUGGAGCGAGUGCAGCCCGCCAAAACAGGCCUCGAGAUCACGUACAACAAACGACCCUUAGAAUACGCAAAACAGUACCCUCAACCCGUGGAAUCCUGGCCCCGGGCCAGGGAAUCUCCCCGGUACUCCUCCCCUCCACCAGCUAAUCAAUAUGGACAGAGUUCUCCACUAUCGCCCAGAAAGAACAUGAGUUACUCUAACAGCCCUCGGUUUGGCGGUCAGUCGGGCCCCAGCAAUGAUAUCUGGCGAAAAAUCCAGGAUAUCGAGGACGAAAUAAAAAAUUUAGAGCAAAAUAAUCAGACCAGUAAAAAUCGACAAAACCAGAAGGACAUUAAUCAUCGCAUAUCUACUGUCCAGGAUGAGAUCAAUGAGUUAGAAUUCAGCAAUAAGUUCUUGAAACAAGGACUUGAGUCCAACGCCAGGGGCGACUCUUGGGAGUCAAAACUCAUCCAGCUGGCGGGGCAAUUGUACAGAGUGAACGAAACGCGCUACCGGUCAAGUGGGGUUUUGCCUUUCGAAUUGAUUGUGGACCAAACGACUAAAUACAAUGAAAACGCCAGGAUGGGUCUACCAUACGACGUCAUAUAUCGACUUGCUCAAAGACAUAGCAACGACCGUAACCAAGUAGAUAUUGAUAGAUACCUGAACGACCUAGGAAAUGAUAGAACUUGGUAUAUGAAAUAACCUUUUGGAACUGUAGACUGUCAGUGCUGCCAAAUCAUAGAACAAUUGCGUUUUCAUCACACUUCUGAUGACGUUGUCAUAGUAUGAGGACCUUCACUACAAGCAAAAGUGCACAAGAGACGAAUAAAUUUUCGAAAUAUUUUUUUUCUUUCGAUGACUAGAGAUAAGAAUUGUAAGAGUCUUAUCGGUAAUUCUAUCAAUUGGAAAUAUAAAAAUAGAAUGAUAGAAAAAUAUAAUGUACUAGACAAAAUUGUGAAUGCUUAAAUUUGUGCUAAGAAAAACGUUUUUCCUGAAGGAAAAGUAAUUCUGUGAUAGAUUAUAAAACCAAUUAUAUACUAUAGACCUCCAUGUUAUUGUCUGUGAUAUUUUCUCUCGUCAUUUUCGUCUGAUUUAGUUCGUUAUAGACCAUUUCAUUCAUAACUGUCAAGAGCUUUAGUGGGUUUUUUUUUAUCUUCGUAAUGGCUGCUGUACGGGAAUAAAAAUAUUAUAUAACUCUUUAGUCAGGGAGGUUAAAUGAUAGGAUCAAAGGGAAAUAACUCCAAGUGACUUGAUUUAGAUAUAAAGGUACGAUUCUUUGUCUUGUACAGUAGUUAUGAGCCUGUGAUAUUUUGGAUAUAUUUAUACUAUCGUAAAUAUUUAUUGAAUAAAGUUUAGAUUAUUUUCCA